AUGAUCGUGCUGCUACUCCUGGGUGUCGUGGAUAAGGCUCUGGAAUAUCUGGAGGACAGCCAGAUCUUGACCUACGAGUACGGGAUCCCGACCUCUCCCCAGAAAACAGGCCAGCAGUGGGGCUUGCCCAAUGCCUGGGCCCCCCUGCAGGACCUGGUCAUCAAAGCUCGGGACCCAGACAGCUUUCCUGGAGCCCCCUGCCUCACGGCUACCCUUCUGCUCAGCCUCCUGCUCAGCCUCCUGCCACAGUAUGGGCCUCCCUGCCCCGUCUGCCUCAUUAAACUUCUGCAGGUGCCAGGCCCAAGUCCGCAGCCACACGUGUCAGAAGCAGGGAGGACUCCUAGCCAGAUUUACUGCCACGGGGAGCUCCUGCACCAAAUGCAGAUGGCCAAGCUCUACCGGGAUGACAAGCAGUUUGUGGACAUGCCACUGUCCUUGGCUCCAGGUGAGGUUCUGCAGCACUUUGGUGAGCUGGCCGCCUCCCACAACCCAAAUCCUCCGCAGCAGCUGCAGGCUUUCGUCCAAGAGCACUACCAGGCCAUGGGGCAGGAGCUGCAGUCCUGGACUCCUGAGGACUGGAAGGACAGUCCCCGGUUCCUGCAGAAGAUCUCAGACCCCAAGCUGCGAGCCUGGGCAGGGCAGCUCCACCAGCUCUGGAAGAAACUGGGAAAGAAGGUGAGGCCAGAGGUCCUCAGCCAGCCGGAGCAGUUCUCUCUCAUCUACUCGGCACACCCCUUCAGCGUGCCUGGCGGGCGCCUGGUGGAGUUCUACUGCUGGGACUCCUACUGGGUGAUGGAGGGGCUGCUCCUCUCUGAGAUGCCCGGGAUGGUGAAGGGCAUGCUGCACAACUUCCUGGACCUGGUGCAGAUCUACGGACACGUCCCCAACAGGGCCCGCGUGUAUUACCUGCAGCCGAGCCAGCCCCCCCUCCUGACUCUCACGAUGGACCGCUACGUGACCCACACCGACACCGCCUUCCUCCGGGACAACAUCGGGAGCCUAGCCUUGGAAUUGGACUUCUGGGUGGAGAACAGGACCAUCUCUGUGAGCUCGGGGAGGGGGGGUGAGAGCUACGUCCUGAAUCACUAUGCUGUCCCUUAUGGGGGACCCAGGCCAGAGUCUUACAGCAAAGAUACUGAGCUGGCAGACACGUUGCCAGAAGGGGACCAGGAGGCUCUGUGGGCUGAGCUCAAGGCUGGGGCUGAGUCUGGAUGGGACUUCUCUUCAUGGUGGCUUGUCGGAGGCCCAGACCCUACAUCGCUCAGCAGCAUCCGCACCAGCAAAUUCGUGCCUGUUGACCUCAAUGCCUUCCUGUGCCAGGCAGAGGAGCUGAUGAGCAACUUCUACUCCAGACUGGGGAACGACAUCCAAGCCACAAAGUACAGAAAUCUGUCGCAACAGCGUUUGGCUGCCAUGAGAGCCAUCCUGUGGGAUGAAGAGAAAGGGGCCUGGUUUGACUAUGACCUUGAGAACGGAAAGAAGAACCUAGAGUUUUACCCAUCCAACCUCACUCCUCCGGUCUGUUUCUCUGACCCAGACGCUGUGGACAAGGCCCUAAAGUAUUUGGAGGACAGCCAGAUCUUGACCUACGAGUACGGGAUCCCGACCUCUCCCCAGAAAACAGGCCAGCAGUGGGGCUUGCCCAAUGCCUGGGCCCCCCUGCAGGACCUGGUCAUCAAAGGUCUGGCCAAGUCUCCUUCACCUCGGGCCCAGGAAGUGGCUUUCCAGCUGGCUCAGAAUUGGAUCCGAACCAACUUUGAGGUCUACUCCCAAAAGUCAGCCAUGUUUGAGGACAUCAGCAGCGGUGGUCAGCCAGGUGGUGGAGGGGAGUAUGAAGUUCAGGAGGGCCUUAGCUGGACCAGUGGAGUGGUCCUGAUGCUCCUGGACCGCUAUGGUGACCGGCUGAGCUCGGGACCCAGACAGCUUUCCUGGAGCCCCUGCCUCACGGCUACCCUUCUGCUCAGCCUCCUGCUCAGCCUCCUGCCACAUCUCUGGAUGUCCGAGCUUCGUCCCUUCUGGCUCUAA